UAUUAUUUAUUAUCCUUUAACUGUACACACUACUAACUUUUAUAACACUAUUUUAUCAAGAAAUGUUGAAGAAAAAAUACAUAGCAUUGAAUUUGCAUCAGAUGUUUAUCAUUACAAAAAUAUUACGUUCUUCAACAAUGAUUAUGAUUACGAAACAGAUAUUUAUCGACAGAAAAAUGUGCAAAAAAAGAAUAUUAUUCUCAAUUCAUCAAACAAUAUGAAGCCAAAAACAGAAAAUUUAGCUGAAUACAACAUUUUUUCAAUAGAAUUCCACAGAGUUGAAACUCCAUUUAUUAUUGGUAUUUGGAUUUUUUCAGCAAGUGUAGCAAAAAUUGGUUUUCAUAUGACUCCAAGAUUAAGCAAAAUAUUUCCCGAGUCCUGUUUACUCAUAGUUGUUGGAGUAAUCGUGGGACUGAUAUUAUUCAAAACAAAUAACUUGCACAUGUCGCCUAUGACUCCAGAUACGUUUUUCUUGUACAUGCUUCCACCGAUCAUAUUAGACGCUGGUUACUUUAUGCCAAAUCGACUAUUUUUUGAUCACCUUGGAACCAUUUUAUUAUUUGCAGUGGUUGGAACCAUUUUUAAUACCAUGUCUAUAGGUCUGACAUUGUGGAUCUUUGGAAAAACAGGCUUGUUUCAAUGUGAAACGCCAAUUUUGGACAUGUUACUAUUCGCAGCUUUGAUAAGUGCCGUUGAUCCGGUAGCUGUUUUGGCUGUAUUUGAAGAAAUUCAUGUGAAUGAAAUUCUAUACAUUGUUGUAUUUGGAGAAAGUCUAUUAAAUGAUGCUGUUACAGUAGUGUUGUAUCAUAUGUUUGAAUCAUACAGUGAAAUGGGGUCUCAACGUAUUGCUUAUUCGGAUAUAUUAUCAGGAGUUUUAUCCUUUAUUGUUGUUGCUAUUGGAGGAGCAGUGAUAGGAAUAAUGUGGGGCUUUACAACAAGCUUCGUAACAAGAUUUACUUAUCAAGUACGAGUUAUUGAGCCAAGUUUCAUUUUUGUUAUGGCGUAUCUUGCUUAUUUAACAGCCGAAGUAUUUCAUAUGUCAGGGAUUUUAGCUAUAACAUUUUGCGGAAUUACUAUGAAAAAUUACGUGGAAGCCAACAUUUCAUUUAAAUCUCAUACGACAGUAAAAUAUACUAUGAAGAUGUUAUCAAGUAGUUCUGAAACCAUAAUUUUCAUGUUUUUGGGAGUUGCAACGGUAAAUAACAAUCACAACUGGAAUACUCGAUUUAUUCUUAUGACUGUAUUUUUAUGCUCUAUCUACCGAAUAAUUGGAGUCAUUGUAUUAACGGGAAUCGCCAAUCAAUUUCGUUUACACAAACUAAAUAAGGUGGACAAAUUCGUCAUGUCUUACGGAGGUUUACGAGGAGCGGUCGCAUUUGCACUGGUUCUUUUGAUAGAUCCAAAUCAUGUACCCUUACAACCAAUGUUUGUUACAACAACGAUAACUGUGAUUUAUUUUACAGUUUUCAUUCAGGGAAUAACGAUAAAGCCAUUAGUCAAAAUACUCAAUGUCAAAAGAGCUGAAAAAAGGAAACCAACGAUGAAUGAAAGAAUUCACGAAAGGAUAAUUGACCAUAUCAUGGCAGGAAUUGAAGAUAUAUUGGGAAAGCAUGGAAACUAUCAUGUUCGGGACAAAUUCAAACAUUUUGACAAUUCUUAUAUAAGACCAUACAUAGUCCGUAAUUAUUGUGGUGCUGAACCGAAAAUACUUGAAACAUAUUCUAAAUUGACUAUAAGAGAUGCUAUGGAUUUGAUAAGAAGAAACGCUUCUAACGCAGCAUUUUCAAAUGGAAUAGAUGAAGUCAAUUUUCAUCGUUCUUCAAGUAACUACGAAAAGCUAAACGCAAGCGGCCUAGAUACCCAAUCAGGUUGGAAUAUUGACUUUCAAGAACUUGAUUAUAAUCCAUCUAAAAAAGAUAUGGGUGAAGCGAAAAUCCAUCAUUUAUUGACUGAAGAAUUGUGCAAGCCGCACAAAAGGCAUAGACGGCUAAGCUAUAGUAGGCACGCUGUUGAUGAUAAAGAUUUAAACACUCAAGUUAAUUUUAAAAUUCAUAUGAAUAUGAGAAGAAUACUUGGAGAACAUAAGCACCGAUCAAGGCGAAGUAAAAAAUCAAGUAAAGAAAUGAAACCAAACCGAGUGAGUUUUUCUAAAUCAUUGGGGACUGAUUUGAGUAAAAGUGAAACAAUGAAAGAAGUUACACCAACUGCAACAGAAUCUGUAUUACCAUGGAAACGAGAAGAUACUAUUUACUUCAAUAAACCGUUGAAAGUCAAUGAAUUUCCUUUAUGGUGUUCAGCAAAAGAUUAUUUAGAAAACGAUUUACUGAAAAUAUUUUUCUUUCAUAAUGCAGGAUAAUACAGUCAGACCAAAGAAUUUGAUUAUGAAAAGUGACAAUUAAGUUUAAAUCUGAUUUUUUGUCACAUUCGUGGCAUUAUUGUUAUAUACAAAAUAG